AUGUCUGGAAGAAAAAAGUCGGCUCAUUCAAAACAAAGGAGCCACGACAAGAUCAUGGCACAAAUUCGAGAAGAAUUGCAAGAAAAAAUUGCCAUGGAUCUUUUCAACUGCGUGGCCCAAGCACUGAUGGAAGAUGAAAGAUUGAUGGAAGAUGGAGGACCAACGAGGAUUCAUCACGCGGCGAGAACGUGCGGCUCGACGGAUUUUCCCGACUAUCUCUUCGACGGCGUCUGCGACGAGAACCACGGCGACGAGAACGGCGUGACGUAUUUUCACAUAGCCUGUUACACGGGCAACGCCAAGGUCGCGAGAAAAUUCGUCGAUCAGGGCGUCGACGUGAAUCUUCGUUGCGACAAGUACUAUCACGAUUCGGCCGCGCGCACACCUCUGCUCUUGGCUCUGGAGGGACGUCACGCGUCGCUGAUUAAAUUUUUACUGAAAAGAGGCGCCGACGUUGAAAUCACCACCGAGGAUGGCUAUUUUCCUUUGAACGUGGCUUGCCGCAACAUAGCUAAUCCUAUCCUCGACGAUUCGAAUGAGUUUAGUUUUUCUAGCGACCACCCGAUCAGGAUCGAUUUGAAAAUUUUACGUCUUCUGAUGAAGAAUAAUUGCGACGUAAAUAAGAAAAGUCGAGACGGCGAGAGUCCGGUAUUCAGCCUUUUUCAUAACGCUACAUCGUUACAAUCUCGACAAUGUUUACACACACAUACCAACAAGGAAGCUGCGUACGAUAAGAUGAUUGCCAAGUCCCUUGAUAUGCUGUUGAAACACGGAGCGGAUGCGAAUGAAAAGAACUCGCAAGGCGUAACUCUAUUACAGAAAGCUGUGAAUCUUCUCAAUUACGAAGCAGUAAAACUACUUGUGGAAAAUGGAGCCAACAUCCAUAAUAUUCAAUUCAAUGAAGGAUAUUUAAAUCCUGAUUCUCGAGCACUGCGUAAUAGAUAUAAGACACAAAGUAUCUUGGCUAUUAUUGAGCUUCUUAAAAGCAAAGGAUACAAAAUUACUGAAGAUCACUAUGUAUCAAUUUUCAAUUUUUUGAUUGGAUUUGAAUGUGUUAAUAAUUCAAACCUCUUUGACAUAGUCACAUCAGGUUCUUUACAGACAAUACAUCAUACCAUUGGCUUAAUAAAUAUCAAACUUCGGACUGGUACUCAUAAUUUAGAGCAUUAUCGAGAAAAACAUGAAAAGUUUUUCCAUACUGAUGAUUGUGUACCAAUGUACUACCAUUUUAUUCGAGGAUACAUGGAAUUCAUAGAAGCUGGACAGAUGUAUAUUGAUAGAGAUAUAAAAAAUUUUCUCUUAGAAUCUUUGAGAAGAUUGAAUUAUUUUAUCUUAGAUAAUCAUUCAGUAAAUCACUAUAAAACCUAUAUUGGGCCUCUUAUAAAGAAGUCUAGUAAAACAAUGAUAAGCGAUGGUGUAUCACUUUUGGAUUUAUGUACAUCAAGACCAGAAAAAGUUUUUAAACUUUUGAAUGAAUCUAAUUAUAAAUCAGUUAUGAAUGCAGAGCUUUACAAAUCCAAUUUUAAGUUUAUGGCAGAUAUUAUAGAUGGCCAUGUAACUAAAGGGUUAAUUCGAGGAUUUUUUCUGACCAUGGCACCAGAAUUUUUGCAUCGACUAACUAAUUUACCAGAUCUUUGCUGCAUUAAUAUUGUCAAGUAUUUAAAAAAUGAAGAUUUACUAUCCAUGUGUAAAUCAGUUAUAUUUAAGGCUUAA